AUGUCUCUCCCAUAUCACCCACAGGUUACAGCCGUAGACCUCGCGGUCCCCCUACGCGGGGGCAACUUAACGGACAAUGAAACGAGUAAAACUGCAAAGGCUCGGCCGAAGACGGCAAGGCAUGCGAAGGGGUCAACGAGAAUCCUAAAUGAGUGGUUCGUAUUGCACUCCACCUAUCCAUAUCCGACCGAAGAGGAAAAACAGAUUUUGGCUGCAAGAACAGGCUUGACAACCCGUCAAGUAUCUUUCUGGUUUGUCAACGCUCGUCGCCGAAAGACCACUUGGGGGCCACAAUGCGCGUCAAGCGCCUCGGACGCCCCGCUGUCGCUGCCAACCUUCGACAGACUACCUGACAGUGGCUGGGAGGGCAUGGCGCCGAUGGACCGUUGGCGUCACACCCCACCCGACCAAGAAGGUGCCUCUCUAAGCGCCAUCGCGGAAGCAGCGGAACGUAACCCCCACGCCAGCUCCGCGCCCACGCUCGGCUACUACGGGUUCGACACAGGCGAAAUGCUUUCAGAGGCUCACUGGUCGAUCUCUUCGUUUGGAUCGCACCACGCUGCGAUACCGGGCUCGGGAAGUGACUCAUCAGUCCUGUCCCAUAGCUCCGGAUCCGCCACCAGCGUCCGUAGCACCCACUCUCGACGUCGACGUCGGCGGCGCCAACGCUCUCCCGUAAGGGCGUCUUCUGGGAAAAGUGCGAGCCGUCUGUACCAGUGUACCUUCUGCACGGACACGUUCAAGACCCGAUACGACUGGACCAGACACGAGAGCACACUCCACCUUGCGUUGGAGAAGUGGACGUGUAUCCCAUCGGGUCCAACAUACUACGAUCGCGCCCUGUUACGGCCGCGAUGUGCACUGUGCGACGUCCUGGACCCCUCCGAUUCCCACCUCCGGUCGCAUGGGUCUUUAGAAUGCGCGUCGAAGCCUCACCCUGACAGGACCUUCUACCGCAAGGACCACUUUCGGCAGCACCUACGCGUGUGUCAUGGAGUCGACGAUAUUCUACCUUCCAUGAAAAAUUGGAAGUCCCACAUCUCACAGAUUAAGUCGCGAUGUGGUUUCUGCGGGGAAUCUUUCCAGCUCUGGUCCGCCCGCAACGACCACCUGGCUGAACACUUCCGCUUGGGGGCCCGGAUGAAAAGCUGGAAGGGCUGCCGUGGCUUGGAACCUGCUGUGGCAUUGCUGGUGGAAAACGCGAUACCCCCUUAUCUGAUCGGAAUUGAGUCCAACGACCUUCAGCCCUUUAGCGCCUCGAGAAUGGCCAUGAAGGGCAGCAGCACCGGCGUGGCGAGCGGACAAGUUUCCGGGACCAUGUUCGAGAUAUUGACCGCACGCCUAGGGGACUAUGUUAGAGCAGAGAGAGAGCGCGGCACGGUUAUCACAGACGACCUUUUGCGAAAAGAGGCUCGCCUUAUUCUCUUCGGAGACGAUGACCCAUGGAAUCAGACCCCGGCUGAUAAUGCGGAGUGGCUGGCAUUGUUCAAAGAGGGAUACAGCCUCGCUCCCACUCUCGCAUCAUGUGGGGAUGUGACGGCUGGUGUGUCUCUCGCCCAGCAGCAAUGUUGGUUUGGUCCCCCGGUGUGUGAUACGAACCCGUCGCCCUUCACCCUAGAGAAGAUGCGGCAAGCGACGGUUUCCAGCUCGAGCUUCGGUCCUCCUGAGAUCUGCGGCGUGUUGUUAUACAACCAGAUGAUUCACCAGCAGGAAGAUGCCUCUCUAGCCGUCCCCUGGUCCUGGCAGACACCCGAAUGCUUGGCCGAGUUCAGCCAGAUGUGUGAGACCAAUCAGGCAGUUAUGGCAGCGGACCCGACGAAUGAUCUCAAUUUUGACAUGGUCUUUGGGGAGUUUAAUGAUCUUGAGCAGGACGAACAAAUACCGAACAUUGGGCUUGAAGCCCCGGGCGUCAACGAUUGUAUUGGGGCAGCUGGGAAAUUGAUGGAUACAUGUACCUAG